AGUUAUGAAAAACACCAUUAAUUGUCUUUCUUUGUCGCAGCCGCAUAUAAAAAAUGGCGGAUAUCUCGACACAGUCAUUUAGAUCUCGUUUAUGAACGUUUACAUGGAGCGUUGAGUUACUGGAUGAAAACGGCUACAGACGAGAGGUUUAUUUAUGAUAUUUAGAACUACUGGAGAAGCACCGUUUCCUGGAAAGCAGCAUGAGCUGAUAGUGCCUGAGGUGUUCCAGAAGAGGUUUCAAAAGAGAGAGGCUGCCCGGAAGAUGCCAAGAAAAAAACAACAGAAUCCUCAAUCUGUCAAGUUGGAUUCUGAAGAUGGUGUAGUGACCAUUGUAGCUCCAGGAAUCCUCACCUUGGAGGCAGAUUUCCUUCUGGGACACGACCUUGAGUUUUGUGACGCCGACCAUGACAAGAUCCUAGGCCUGGACGACAAGUACUCAGCAGCUGAGAUCUCUGUGUACCCUCUGGGUGAUGAGGAGAGUUGUGCCUUCAGCAGUCUCAGUAUGGCUGGGCAGUGUGACCAGGAGCAGGGCGCUGAGUCCCAGCCCGACCACGAGCCUCCCUACCUGUCCUGCCGGGGCUGUGGUCUGGACCUAGUGGGACCCUACUGUCACCGCUGCUGCAAGGGAGAAAGGGGGGAAUUCAGAGGCUUUCGCUCCGGCUCCCGAUCACAAGCGGACGAUGGCGAGGAAGGGGACGGAGGCGGGAUGGACGAUAACUUCAUAAUGGGCGACGACGGUCCUUCCUCCAAGCGCCACUCCUGCCAGUUGUGUGGGUUCUCCUCACGCUAUGCCAAUCACGUCAAGAGGCACAUGAAGACUCACAACGGGGAGAAGCCGUACCGCUGUCCCCUGUGUACCUACGCCUCGGCCCAGCUGGUCAACCUGCAGAGACACCUGAGGAUUCACACUGGGGAGAAACCAUACAGCUGUGACUCCUGCUCCUUCGCCUGCAGUUCCCUAGGCAACCUGAAAAGGCAUCAGAGGAUGCAUGUGGUGGGACAGGAAGCAGUCAGACCUGCUAGUGGACCUCCUAUUGGUCCCUCUGGUCUGAAGAGGCAGCGGGAGGAGGAGCCUAAUGUGCCAGCUGAAGAAGCCUUAAGGCCUGACCUGAACCUCCAUGUAGGGGGCCAUAACAGAGACUACCUGCCAUGCUCUGAUGGACUGAGGGUACCACCACCAGAACUCCCUGAGCACCAUCCCUCAAGACUUCUGGAGGUCCCUGGCUGUGGACCUGGGGCUGAGUCCGGGAGUAGUGUUGGGGCUGUGGUGGGAGUGAAGUCCGAGGACAGAGAUUCGCUCCCUCCUCUCCCUUUCCUCUUCACCUGUCGUCUCUGUGGUAUCCCCAUGGAGGACGAGGACGGCUCCACCACCCAGAUCUGUGCCAAGUGCACCCUGGACAUGCUGAACAAGGACUCGUCUGGCCCCAACAGCCCCGGAGAGCGCGGGGACAAGGUCUACACCUGCAGUGCCUGUCCCUUCCUCACCCACUACCCCAACCACCUGGCGCGACACAUGAAGACGCACAGCGGAGAGAAGCCGUACAAGUGCCCUCAGUGCGACUACGCCUCCGCCCACUUCGACAACCUGAAACGCCAUCACCGCGUGCACACGGGCGAGAAGCCGUACAAGUGCCACCUGUGUGACUACGCCUGUGGGAACCUGGCUAACUUAAAACGUCACCAGCGAGUCCACUCGGGCGCCAAGCCGUUCCAGUGCGCAGUGUGUAGCUACAGCUGUAACCAGAGUAUGAAUCUGAAGAGACACAUGCUGAGACACACGGGAGAGAAGCCUUAUAAGUGCCAGCAGUGUGGCUACACCACGGGACACUGGGACAACUACAAACGACACCAGAAGAAACAUGGCCUCGCCACCGAUGGAUGGGUCAAAGUUCAGAGGCCAGGUGCCCAUGAGGAGGAGGAGGAAGAGGAGGAAAAGGGGGAGGUGGGACAGCCAGAGUAAAGAAGGAGAGUUGGUGAUGCAGUAUUUGCUCAGAUAAGGAGAAGAAGAGCUGGGACAUGUAAAUAAAAGAUAAAUCCUGAUUGUUUUUGUUAUUUUUGUCAAAGAUCUUCUGCGGCUGCUAUGUAGAAUCAUGCAAAAUAUAAAAUGAUUGUGAUUAAUUCUUGUUUUUUUUUUAUGCCUUUUGGACACAGUUGGAUGGAGGAAGCUAUUUAGGUUGUUGUUGUUGUUGCCAGACAAAUGAACUACUUUAACAUUCUCAUCCGCUGCAUUUCUCCACCAUAUGUUGUUUUCUUACACACACCAACUGUGCCCUACAGCUCCUCCAAACAUCAUUGCACAUUAUGGCUUACAACCACUAGUUGACCUCUUCUUACAGAUGUAGGACCUUCAUUGGAACCAGUUUUGCAACAGCAGGAAAAUAUUCCUUGCUUGCAACAGGAAAUGUGGAUUAUAAUUCAUGGGCAUUUUUUUUUUUUUUAGGGGCUGAUUUUCUUUUUUUUUUUUUUUUUCUUCAGGGCAAAUCAAGUCUGGGAUUUCAAAGUGGAAAUGUAACUUUUUAGAAGCUUUAAAAAAAAAUUAAACUCUUACAGUACAAGUUUGCUUGGAAAAUUGUCAGUAACAAAAGUAAUCAAAUUAAGAUCCUACAUCUGUACCAGUCUAGUCUACAAUUCCAAACUCUCUACUCUCCACUUAAACUUCCAUAGCUCCUCCCUGCUCUCCUCCUCAACCCCUUAUAUCUCCAUUACAACCUGGGGGCGUGUUCAGCAGGACACAGCGUUUUGGAACGUUCAGGUAGAAAUAUGCUAUGUAGAACAAUUUAAUGUCUGCUCUAUUCAGGGUUUUUCUAUCUGCUACGUUCCAAAACAUCUGACUCCUGAAGCUGGUCUCGUUGAGAAAGGCCCUCGGACGGAGAGUGUAUGGACUUAGCCUGAUCUCAGAUCAGAUCAUCCUGUUCCUGAUCUCUUGCUGACCAACUGCUGUCAAUGACCAUAGGCGUUGGCAAGGCUGCACAAACUGAUCUGGGACCAGAGGGGUACACUAUAAAGUAGAAUCAACGAGUUAGCCAGAGAACUUUGAUAAACAGCCAGAAAUAUUCACUUGGAUACACUACAUGACCAAAAGUAUGUGGACACCUGCUCGUCGAACAUCUCAUUCCCAAAUCAUGGGCAUUAAUAUGGAGUUGGUCCCCCUCCCCCUUUACUGCUGUAACAGCCUCCACUCUUCUGGGAAGGCUUUCCACUAGAUGUUGAGGACAUUGCUGCUAUAACAGCCUCCACUCUUCUGGGAAGGCUUUCCACGAGAUGUUGGAACAUUGCUGCUAUAACAACCUCCACACUUCUGGGAAGGCUUUCCACUGGAUGUCGGAACAUUACUGCUUGCUUCCAUUGGUAGUGAGUGUUGCAACUGAGGACAGACUAUUUUUUUAAAGAGCUUCAGCACUCGGUGGUCCCAUUCUGUGAGCUUGUGUGGCCUACCACUUUGCGGCUGAGCCGUUGUUGCUCCUAGACAUUUCUGCUUCACAAUAACAGCACUUACAGAUUACCGGGGGCAGCUCUAGCAGGUCAGAAAUUUGAUGAACUGACUUGUUGGAAAGGUGGCAUCCUAUGACGGUGCCACGUUGAAAGUCACUGAGCUCUUCAGUAAGGUCAUUCUACUGCCACGGUUUGUCUAUGGAGAUUGCAUGGCUGAGUGCUUGAUUUUUAUACAGCUGUCAGCAACAGUGUGGCUGACAAAGCCGAAUCCAGUGUCCACAUACUGUGUGUGUGUAUAUAUAUAUAUACUGCUCAAAAAAAUUAAGGGAACACAAUGUAACUCCAAGUCAAUCACACUUCUGUGAAAUCAAACUGUCCACUUAGGAAGCAACACUGAUUGACAAUACAUUUCACAUGCUGUUGUGCAAAUGGAAUAGACAACAGGUGGAAAUUAUAGGCAAUUAGCAAGACACCCCCAAUAAAGGAGUGGUUCUGCAGGUGGGGACCACAGACCACUUCUCAGUUCCUAUGCUUCCUGGCUGAUGUUUUGGUCACUUUUGAAUGCUGGUGGUGCUUUCACUCUAGUGGUAGCAUUAGACGGAGUCUACAACCCACACAAGUGGCUCAGGUAGUGCAGCUCAUCCAGGAUGGAACAUCAAUGCGAGCUGUGGCAAGAAGGUUUGCUGUGUCUGUCAGCGUAGUGUCCAGAGCAUGGAGGCGCUACCAGGAGACAGGCCAGUACAUCAGGAGACGUGGAGGAGGCCGUAGGAGGGCAACAACCCAGCAGCAGGACCACUACCUCCGCCUUUGGGCAAGGAGGAGCAGGAGGAGCACUGCCAGAGCCCUGCAAAAUGACCUCCAGCAGGCCACAAAUGUGCAUGUGUCUGCUCAAAUGGUCAGAAACAGACUCCAUGAGGGCCCAACGUCCACAGGUGGGGGUUGUUCUUACAGCCCAACACCGUGCAGGACGUUUGGCAUUUGCCAGAGAACACCAAGAUUGGCAAAUUCGCCACUGGCGCCCUGUGCUCUUCACAGAUGAAAGCAGGUUCACACUGAGCACACGUGACAGUCUAGAGACGCCGUGGAGAACGUUCUGCUACCUGCAACAUCCUCCAGCAUGACCGGUUUGGCGCUGGGUCAGUUAUGGUGUGGGGUGACUGACCCCUCUGCCAUUAGGUACCGAGAUGAGAUCCUCAGACCCCUUGUGAGACCUUACGCUGGUGCGGUUGGCCCUGGGUUCCUCCUAAUGCAAGACAAUGCUAGACCUCAUGUGGCUGGAGUGUGUCAGCAGUUCCUGCAAGAGGAAGGCAUUGAUGCUAUGGACUGACCCACCCGUUCCCCAGAUCGGAAUCCAAUUGAGCACAUCUGGGACAUCAUGUCUCGCUCCAUCCACCAACGCCACGUUGCACCACAGACUGUCCAGCAGUUGGCGGAUGCUUUAGUCCAGGUCUGGGAGGAGAUCCCUCAGGAGACCAUCCGCCACCUCAUCAGGAGCAUGCCCAGGCGUUGAAGGGAGGUCAUACAGACACGUGGAGGCCACACACAUUACUGAGCCUCAUUUUGACUUGUUUUAAGGACAUUACAUCAAAGUUGGAUCAGCCUGUAGUGUGGUUUUCCGCUUUAAUUUUGAGCGGGACUCCAAAUCCAGACCUCCAUGGGUUGAUACAUUUGAUUUCCAUUGAUAAUUUGUGUGUGAUUUUAUUGUCAGCACAUUCAACUAUGUAAAGAAAAAAGUAUUUAAUAAGAAUAUUUCAUUCAUUCAGAUCUAGGAUGUGUUGUUUUAGUGUUCCCUUUAUUUUUUUGAGCAGUAUAUAUAUAUAUAUAUAUAUAAUUAAUUAUUUUGGGGUUUGAGUUGGAGUAGACCAUUCCCAUUUCAAGUUGAAAUGGUAAACAAAAAAAAUGCUAAACAAUUUUCAGAAUAUUUAAGGAAAGUUGUAGUAGUGUGUUGCUGUGGAAACCCUCACUGUGUUCAUAUUAACUGUGAAGCCCAUUUGUUAUGUUCUCCUGUUUUGUUUCUACUUGAAGAAGCAAGCAUGCUUCCCCAAAUGCACCCUAUUUCCUAUGGGCCCUGGUCAGAAGUAGUGCACUACAUGGGGAAUAGGGUGCCAUAGGGUUCUGGUCAGAAGUAGUGCACUACAUGGGGAAUAGGGUGCCAUAGGGUCCUGGUCAGAAGUAGUGCACUACAUGGGGAAUAGGGUGCCAUAGGGCUCUGGUCAGAAGUAGUGCACUACAUGGGGAAUAGGGUGCCAUAGGGCUCUGGUCAGAAGUAGUGCACUACAUGGGGAAUAGGGUGCCAUAGGGCUCCGGUCAGAAGUAGUGCACUACAUGGGGAAUAUGGUGCCAUAGGGUUCUGGUCAGAAGUAGUGCACUACAUGGGGAAUAGGGUGCCAUAGGGCUCUGGUCAGAAGUAGUGCACUACAUGGGGAAUAGGGUGCCAUAGGGCUCUGGUCAGAAGUAGUGCACUACAUGGGGAAUAUGGUGCCAUAGGGUUCUGGUCUAAAGUAGUGCCCUAUUAAUGGAAUAGUGUGCCAUAGGGCUCUGGUCUAAAGUAGUGUCCUAUUAAUGGAAUAGGGUGCCAUAGGGCUCUGGUCUAAAGUAGUGCCCUAUUAAUGGAAUAGUGUGCCAUAGGGCUCUGGUCUAAAGUAGUGCACUAUAUAUAGGGAAUAGGGCUCUGGUCUAAAGUAGUGCACUAUGUAGGGAAUAAGGUGCCAUUGGGGAUGUAACCCGAGACUGUGUGUAGUAAAGUGUCAACUGAAUAUAUAUAUAUAUAUAUAUAUAUAUAGCAUUUAGUUUGUUUACGUGACUAUCCUCAUUAUAUGUGCUUUUCUUUUAUUUAUUUUUUUACAACGAUUUCCCCCUUAAUCUUGAAUGUGUGAUGUGCCAUUAAGCUUGUUAUACGGGAGAAAUAUACGAAAUGACCUUGAACUUUACAUCUUAUCAAGUCCAUGUGUUACUAUAUACAGUAAAACAAAUAUCAGGUUGUAACAAAAUGAUGGAUAAUCUGAAAUGCAUUGAUUAGUCAAGCCUGGAGUGCCCCACAUUUCUUGUGAUGGGGUUUGGGGGUCCAUUUCAGCCAAUUCAGAAGUAAACUGAUUCAAAAGGAUAGUUAGAAUUUCACUUUCAAUUUGAAAUGGAAUUCAUCCCAACCCUGGCUCUUUUUCCCCUCUCACUGUGUGUAGAAGGUGAGAUGUCUCGUGUGUGAGCUUUAAGAGAGACGGGUGUGUGUGUGUGUGUGGCGCUUAAGGUUGUGUCCAGCCCUACCUAUCUACGGUCCAUGUGUAACUCUUGUUCUGAUGGUUUUAUAUUUGCCUUAAUUAAGUAUUUUGAAAUAAACACUUUGUGUUCAGUCAGUAGGA